AAGUAAUCUUCAACAUCACUUUUCUAAGCACGACCAUGAUCGCCGGCUUUUGAUCUCACAACUGCCUAAUUACUUAUUUCCUAUUCCCGGAAUCAAAUCUUGGAAGCACCACUUCCCCCAAGCACUCGUGCAAUCACCUACCCCGCGGCGGAAAGCAGGGCUUUCUUAGAACCGUCAACAUGAUCGAAGACGACAUCUACCGCACAUCCUCUCAAUUCCGACUCUGGUCCUAUACCGAGAGCUCACUAAAGAAUCUCCGCACCACGACCAACAAUAUCGCAAGUGAGCGAGUACGUGCCGCGCUGCGUCGAGCUCGAGAACGCCAUCUCUCCGCCACACCCUCUGCGACGGGGACACCACAGCCAGGAAGUGACGCCGAAGAGAAACAUAUUGAGUGCCUGACACCCGAGGAAGAGCUCGUACUGGUUCGAUACUAUUGUGAGAAGACAGUCGAGCUGGGCGAUACAUACAGGCCGCCACUUCCUACUAAUGUCCGAGCCACCGCAAUCCAAUACCUCCGCCGCUUCUACCUCACAAACUCCCCAAUGACCUACCACCCCAAAUCCAUCAUGGCCUGCGCCCUCUUCGUCGCCACAAAAACAGACAACUACUAUAUGUCCCUCCGGUCCUUCGCCGAAGGAAUCCCCGGCGACACAACACCCGACGAUGUCAUUGCGCCGGAAUUCCUCCUCAUGCAGGGCCUUCGCUUCACAUUCGACGUCCGCCAUCCUUUCCGCGGCCUCGAAGGCGGCGUCAUGGAACUUUCAGCUAUAGCCCAAGGUCAGGGUAAACCGGCACCACACCUCCCACAGCAUACACCCGAAAGUUUGAAGGAAGGAAUUCUCAAUCUUGCGCCCCCGCCUGUCCCAGUAUCUUCAAUCACAGACCGUAUCGGUCGUGCACACGGUGCCACGCGCGAACUCCUCAAAUCCGCUGCGCAAAUGACAGACGCGUAUUUCCUCUAUACACCCUCGCAGAUCUGGCUAGCAGCUUUCCUCAUCGCGGAUAGACCUCUAGCCGAGUUCUACCUCGACACUAAACUAGGCGGUCCCAUCGAUCCAACCGCCAUGGAGACAGACACAUCCACCCUCCACAAUCCACUCUCCGAGCUCCGCACAAAACUCCUCAAAGUCCUAGGGGAUUGCGCCGCACUUCUACAAUCGUAUACGCCCCUCUCAUCAGAUCCGGAUCAGAUGAAAAGCCUCAAACGUAUCGCGAAGAAGUUGUAUCAUUGCCAGAAUCCCGAGAAGGUGAAUUUGAAGCGUGAUACUACGGCGCCGCGGUUGAUGCCUGCUGGUGAUGCGGGGACGGUUACGUCGGAGAGUGAGACGGAGCGGUUAGCGAAGAAGCGAAAGUUGGAGAUGGAGUCGAAACAGCGUGGGGGGCAUGAUGUGUUUGGGCCGGAGUUGGUUCCGGAUCGGACGAGGCAUUGAUGGGUGGAGUGGUGAUGGCUGCUAUAUAGGAUGGAGAUAGAAUUAUGAUCUUACGAGCCUAGGUUGGGCACGAUCUUCCUG